GCUAUGUGACCAGACAUCUGUUAUUAUUUAGUUAUAGAUUAUUCUCAUGUUUGGUACGAUAUUUGCUUUAAAGAGAGAAUAUUUAAUAAUCCAAAAGCAAUCUACUCUACGCUUUCGGACUGUUGAAGAAACUAACUAGAAAAGAAUACUUGAAAACUAACAUUAUUUCAAUUUUAAAAAUGGAAGAUAAUCAUCUCUUAAAUAAAAAAACAGAGAAAUGCGAAGAUAACGCGUGUGAAAUUGAAAUAGAACCAUCCAAAUCGGCUGAUGGGUUUUGGAAACUAUCAAUCUUUACAUAUAUGUUUUGCCUUUUGGGUAACCUUUGCGGUUUGGUAGGGUUGGUUAAAAGUAUUUUCUCAAGAAUUCAUUUAGCAAAUGGAAAUUUGAAAAAAGCGCGAGAAACUACAAAAUCAUCAUUAAAAUGGAAUAUAUUUGGUAUAGUUAUUGGAACAAUAACAAUUGGACUGCUUGUUACCAUAACUACAUUUCAAACUUUUGAAACAUUGAAAAUAUUAAAGAAAAUUUUCAACAAUUGCAAACAAGAAGUUUACAAAUGAGGCUUAUGUUAUAAAUGUGAAGGUGUAACAAACAAACAAAACAAACAAAACAAACAAACUAACAAAUAAAUAUUUUAUAUUGUUUCCAUGUCUGUUAUAAAUUAUACACAGUAUAUUUUUAUUAUUGUCUUUUGUAAACGAGAUUUAAUUGCCAUUCAACGAUUAUGUCAUAACAAACUGUCUUUUUUCAAAGUGUAGAUGAAUUUAUUGCAACAUCUUGUGAAAGAAAAAUCUAUAAUAGUAGAAUAUGAAUCAUACUAUCAUGUAUACAAAUAACAAUAUUCAUAAUAAAAUAAGAAAACAAAUAUUUUCUAUACAACUAUCUUAGUAUAAUAGACAAGUAAUAUUGUAAUAAUACUUUCCUCUACUAGAGGGUAUGAUAGUCUCAAAUUUAAUGGUUAUACUUGCAAAAAUUUAUGCUUAUUCUUGUAAUAUUGCAUUUGCUAUAUCAGCAAUCUAUUUCACCUGUUCGUACUAAUAUUAAAGUAUCCUUCCUUAGACGAUCAUGGAAGAUUUUAAAUAUGAUGGAUGUCCUAUUUGUUUAAUGAAUUUAGAAAAUAUGGAAUAUCGUCGUCUACCUUGCCAUUAUACUCAUAUUUUUUGUACUGUCUGUCUUAAUAAAUUAUUGAAAGAUAGGUUAAAAUGUGAUGGUUUUGCUUGUCCUCUUUGUAAAUUCCAAAUGAGUUUUCCAGAUCGCGGUAUCGAUAGUUUCAAAAAAAUGGAUGUUAAAAAGUCAAUUAAAGGUAAUUUAAUUCUAAAUGUAGAAGCGGAAUUAGAUCGAUUAAAGAAACAAGAAAAGUAUGAUAUGAGUAGACUUGAUCGAUUUUUUGAUAAUGUGCUUCUAAUAGUACGAAAUGAAAGAAAAUUAUUGAAAGGUGAAUAUACUGAAAUUGUCGAAAAAAGGCGUUCCCAGUUGGGAAAUAUCUUGAAUGAUUUAUCAUCACUUCCUAAUAACGAUGAGAAAAAACUAAAAGAAACAAUUGAACAUUUAGACGAGAUAUCUCAGCAGAAUGUUACAAUUGAUUUGGAUACAUCAAGAUGCGAAGGUUGGAGAAUUCUCUAUUCCGAAUAUGAAAAACCCGAUAGUUCUUACCAGAAGAAAGUUGACCAUCUUCAACAUUUUUUUGGAGCUAAGAACUUCUUCUACGCUCUAACCCAAAAAGGAAUAAUAGAAUUUAACAAAGAUAGCCAUAAUACAAGUUAUAUUGAUAUCAACUUUAAUUGUUUUGAACUAUCUACUGAUAAAGAAAUGUUUGGCCUAUCGAAACUUCCAAGAAAUGAUUAUUCUGUGUUUAAAUUUCAUGGAAUUAGUAAAGUGUUUAUGAAAUUAUUAACAAAGAAAACAUGGAAAAUCUCUAAUCCAUAUCAUACUUUAUGUUAUAUUCUAGGAUUUGACCUUAUUCUCUUUGAUACUAUAACAAAUGAGAUUAUUUUUAAAAAGGAUUUCUUUUCAUCAAAUAUUUAUAGUUAUAGGGAAAAAAAAGAUGGAAUGUUUUAUUUGCUAAGAUCGGAUCUUGACCUCUCUUUUUGUAAGAUAGUCGAUAUGUUAAAAAUAUCUUGUUUUCGAGGAGAAAAAGUCGCAGUAACAAUAAUAGAUAAAAAAAUCUCAUUAAGAAAUGAUAUAAUCAAAGAGAUGGUUAACGGAAAACUAUUUCUGAGAAAUAAAGAUUACGUUUUCCUAUUAAACUCCGAAAAUCAAACAGCCAAGGCCUACCCGCACAAAAAUAUUUUCAAGGAUGGUUCAAUAUGGCAUUACGUUCAAACUGAAAGUCAAAUCUCGUUUAGUAUUCUAAAGAAUUUCGAAUCAUUUUCAGAAAUUUCGGUGAAAUGUUAUAAUUUGUAAUAAUGACGUCAUUAGAGUAAGA